AGUUGACAAUGACAGUGUGUCCAUUCUGUAAUGUCAGUUUUUUAACAGUAAAGGAUUAAUAUUAUAUUUUCAUAUUCACUUCCAAUCAAAUAAACAUUUUAGUCUGAUAUUUAAGAAUCUCGAAAUCGUAAUAAAGUAGGAAUGGUGUAAGGGUCGCUCGGUGACUUUAAAAUGAUUGUGCAAGAACCCGUUCAGGCUGCUAUUUGGCAUUGUUUAAAUCAUUACGAUUACGCCGAUGCUAUAUUUCUAUCGGAGCGAUUGUACGCCGAAGUCAACAACGAGGAGAGUCUCUUUUUACUAUCCACAGCUUACUACAGAAACGGCCAAAAAGAUCAAGCUUAUUACAUAUUAAAGGACAAUAUCGGAAGUUCCUCUCAAUGCAGAUAUUUGUUUGCGAUUUGUGCUUAUGAACUCGAGAAAUACGCAGAAGCCGAAGGAGCCAUACUAGAAACCACGUCUGAUGGUAGCUCGUUAAACGACGAUGAUCUAUUGAAGGAAUUCGGCGCCCAAACCUGCUUCGUAAUGUUGCUACUGGGCAAAAUCGCGGCCAAAACGGAACGUAAACACAGAGCCUCGGAAGCUUGGAAGAAAGCCCUGAAAUUGAACCCGUUCCUGUGGACGAGCUUCGAGAGCCUCUGCAAAAUCGGCGACAAACCCGACCCCAAAGCCAUUUUCCAAAUAACCAACAUCGAGAAUAUAUCAAUGUGCCAAGGCAGCAGCGUCAGUAACAUCGACAAGGCGAUCAUCACCAACAACGUCACUACAUCGGCCAAUUUAGACGAGAGUUUCUCGACGCCCGAUCAUUGGUCCAAUCCCAAUCCGAUAUUGAUUUGCAACACCAACGUGAAACAUUGUUAUACGCCCGAUGAGAGUCCAUUGGCCCAACCGUUGUCUUUUUCCGGUAUAUGCCCCUUUCCCGCAACCGGACACAAAACGAGAACCAAAUACACCGAUGUCGGUGGUACGCCUCGAACCGGUUAUCAAGUAUCGACGCCAACAUUCGGGCAGCUCUUCGAUAGCACCUUCGACGAAAACAUGGAUAAUCUCGACGUGACUCCGCUGACUCUAACCGAAUCGAACAACCACCAGCAAUCGUUAGCGAAGCGAGUGAUAGCUCACAUGGAUCAAUUCAUCGGUCGCAAAGAAGCGCUGUUUCAAAACAAGCCCGUGUUGGGCCAGUACCCGGUGACCAAAGCCUCCUCGAUACCGCUCACCGUACAACCCGAUCAGAACGUUCGCCGGAGUUCGAGGCUAUUCAGCAACAGUUACUCGGUGAAGGAGAACAACAAGUCGCCGAAUAGGAACAAAUUCGUCACGCCGAAAUCGCCCUCUCGGAAAACCAAGCAGCGCAUGGCCAAGUGCAAUCUGAACGAGAAUUCCGGCUAUUCGGAAUUGAAUGCGAAGAAUAAAAACGACAAGGAGAAGAACGAAACGGUCACAUCGGCCGAUGCGAAAUCGGAGAAGAACAUGAUGAACAACACCGCCGAGAAUUUCCUGCUGCAAAUCGUCAACAUGCAGAAACAGAGCGCCGAAGGCUUGAUGUACCUGUUCAGGGAAGUGGGCCAGGCGUAUUUGGAUCUGUCGCAGUUCGAAUGCUCAUCGGCCAUCGAUCGAUUGAACGAUUUACCAGCCAACCAGCUCGACACCUCUUGGAUCCAAUCGCUGCUCGGUCUGGCCUAUUUCGAGCAAUCAGACUACGAAAACAGCGUGAAACAUUUCGAACUGGUGCACGACAGGGAACCGCACCGAUUGGAUUCCAUGGACGUCUACUCGACGGCCCUCUGGCACCUGCAGAAGGAAGUGGCCCUGUCCGCUCUCGCCCAGGACCUCAUCGAUUCGAAUCGCAACUCGCCGGUGACGUGGUGCGUGGCCGGCAAUUGCUUCUCGUUGCACAAGGAGCACGAUACGGCCAUCAAGUUUUUCCAAAGGGCCAUCCAGGUGGAUCCGGGCUUUCCGUACGCCUACACGUUGCUCGGGCACGAGUACAUCACCACCGAGGAGCUCGACAAGGCGAUGUGUUGCUUCCGCAACGCCGUCCGGCUGGACGCCAGACAUUACAACGCUUGGUUCGGCUUGGGGACGAUUUACUCCAAACAGGAACGGUAUACGUUGGCCGAGCACAAUUUCUCCAAAGCUCUGUCGAUUAAUCCCAAGAGUUCCGUUAUUCUCUGUCACAUAGGUGUGGUGCAGCACGCUCGUAAGCAAACGGAAAAAGCCCUGAACACGUUCAAUAAAGCCAUAGCUAACAAUCCGAGAAGCGCCCUGUGCAAAUUCCACAGGGGAUCCAUAUAUUUCGCUUUAGGUAGACAUUCAGAAGCGCUUAAAGAGCUAGAAGAAUUAAAAGAAAUAGUACCCAAAGAAUCGUCGGUUUAUUAUUUAAUAGGUAAAGUACAUAAGAAAUUAGGCCACACGGAUUUGGCCCUGAUGCACUUCAGUUGGGCGACGGAUUUGGACCCGAAAGGGGCCAGUAGUCAGAUAAAGGAGGCCUUCGAUCCGUCGUUUGGAAGGAGCACGACUGAAAUGGAUUCGCCUUUAGAGGUGUCCGGUGUGGACGGUUACGAAUCGGAGAGCAAUUCGGGACAGAGAUUCGUAACACCGAUGCUUAGACAAAAUUUGAACGAGAGCGAUAGCGUGUAAUAUUACAUAGUAUUCUUUAAACUAAAGAGAACGUGUGAAUGGAUGUUUUUUUUCUUUUAAAUUUCGCAUUAAAAGGAUUCAAUUUUAUUGGUCGAAUUAUUUUAUUUUUACUUUUGUCGCAUAAAUAGAACUCUAAGAGAAUGUAUAUAUAUCGUUUCAUUAAAUUAUUGUGAUUUGUAUUUUCUAUUUGUAAGUUGCGAACGAAUUAUUGUGAAUUUUGUUUCGAGAAAAAUAAAAACGUAUACUCGUAAAAAAAAAACGUCGAACCGAUUCUCUUAAUCUAUUCUAUAUUACUCUUAUUUAUCCCUUAACCCGCCAUGUUUUUAAACAUUUCGCCCAACAUCAGACUGUCCAAGGCCUUUUGUACGGUGGGAUCUUUCAAAAUGGGCGUGGGCUCGCUCGACGGAGGAUCCGGGGCCGUGAUCGAUGCGGGUAUCGAGGACUCGUUAGAUUUAUUCAAAAUGCUCAUUAUUCUACUUUGCAACUCCACCUGCUUGGCGUCCGAUUCCUCUUUGGGCGCCAGCCCUUCUUCCACUUCGUAUUCGUGCUG